ACGAGGAUAAGAUGGCGUCGUCGGGCACAAGAUGGCGAAUGUUGGCGGUGUGCGUGUUGUGCGCGGCGCUGCGCCCGCCCCCAGCCAGCGCUUCGCAGCAACUCAUGAAACAGCUCACCGCAGGGUUCAUGAAAGCCAUGGAUGUUUGCAGAAAAGAGUUGAAUCUUGGGGACCACAUAAUGCAAGAUUUCAUGAACUUCUGGCGCGAGGAAUACGAGUUGGUGAACCGCGAUCUGGGCUGCGCCAUCAGUUGCAUCGCCGCUAAGCUGGACCUGCUUACCGAGGAUCUGAAGAUGCACCAUGAUAACGCCAGGGAGUUCGCCAUUAAACAUGGAGCUGAUGAAGAUGUAGCGAAGCAGCUGGUAUCGAUUAUCCACGAUUGUGAGCGCAGCAACGAGGGCGAAAGCGACGACUGCCGGCGCGUGCUCGAGAUCAGCAAGUGCUUCCGCACCAAGAUACAUCAGCUCAACUGGGCACCCUCCAUGGAGGUGCUGCUCGAGGAGAUCAUGACAGAAGUCUAAGAGAACACUUAUCAAUCAACAGAUCAAGUAAAACUGGACCCUGGACUCCGAUUGACUUUGAUAUUAUAAUUCUCCCUCCAACCUCGUCAGUUAGUUCCUAGUCUAUAUUAAGUAUUUGCUUUUAGUUAUUUUUAUUAAGUUCGGUGUAAAGUAGAGUGAAAUGGAUUUUUAAUAAAGGUGUGAUGGAA